UUCUCUUAAUUUUACUUGGAUGCAUUUUAUCUUCAGCAGGGCUUUAUUCAUCUUCCAAAAGAAUUUCGCAGAGAUACCAAAACGCUUCAGAUACGUUUACAAAAACAUGGAUAUUCUUCAACCGCCACAUUGUAUUCGAGGAAUGACGGAGUUACAAAAGGAUUUGUUCACAAAAGAUAUCAAAGUGCCUGUUUUAGUUCUCGAGAAUCAAUCGACAAUUAAUGGAGUGAUGCCUUUGAUAAAAUCAAAACUUCUAAAAAUGGCAAACAUGAAAGCUGUUCUCGAUCAUCAAGAUAAAAAAGUCGUUUUACUACAUCCUGAAAGUGUAAAGAGCUUCGAAGACCUUCCAACGACGCAACUGGAAUCAAAAGGCGUCAAUUCAGAGCAUUUCAUACAAAAUUUCGAUCUAAAAAUUAGUUAUGCGAAUUGGUCAGCUAAUGAACUUCUGAAACAAAUCCUUCCAGAAGAUAAAGAGGGAAUGACAUCUUUCUCUCGAAUAGGCCAUAUCAUUCAUUUGAACUUGAAAGAACAUCUUUUGCCAUACAAGAAGAUCAUCGCGGAGAUUCUCAUGGACAAAAUGUCAGGGAUUCGAGCUGUUGUGAACAAAGCACAAACAAUCGACAAUGUAUAUCGAAAUUUCUCGAUGGAAUUGUUAAAAGGAGAAGCUGAUUAUCAAGUUACAGUCAAAGAAAAUGGAAUUGAAUUUGAAUUUGACUUCUCUUCGGUUUAUUGGAAUCCAAGAUUAUCAUCUGAACAUGAUAGGAUUGUAAAAUUAAUCAAACCGAAUGACGUUUUAUAUGAUGUUUUUGCAGGCGUUGGUCCAUUUGCUGUUCCUGUAGCGAAAAAAGGAAUUCAAGUUUACGCAAAUGACUUGAAUCCUGAAUCUUACAAAUGGUUAAAUCAUAAUGCGACGAAGAAUAAAUGCAAGAAACACAUGGAAACAUUCAAUAAAGACGGAAGAGAAUUCUUGCUUAACGAUGCUCGAAGUAAUUUAUUACAAAGGUUGAAAGAUCCUGACUUUCAAGGCGUUCCGCAUUUCGUUAUGAACCUUCCUGCAAUGGCUGUUGAGUUUCUCGAUGUUUUUCGAGGCUAUUUGAAAUCAGAAAAACCAUUUCCCAUUAAAAAUCUACCUGUUGUGCAUGUUUAUUGUUUUGCGAAAGGAAUUGAAGAUAAAGAAAAAAUUGCCCUUGAUCUCGUACAUCAACAUUUGGGCAUGGAAUUGCCUAAAAACUCUUUUAUCAAAUGUAAUUUUGUACGAAAUGUCGCCCCAAACAAGGAUAUGAUGCGAGUUGAUUUCUACCUGACACCCGAAAUAUUAUUUUCUUCCGAUGACGUCAUCGAACCUCCUCUUAAAAAAAGUAAAUUUGAUCAAAAUGGGCAAACACUCGAAGAAACAGGCGAAACAACAGGAUCCCAAACUUCAAGCGUUGGCAAAACGGAAAAAGGAAAUGAAAGUCUUUAAGUUGCCUACUGAAAUGAGUACGAGAAUCAACAAAAAGGCGAAAAAAGUUACGAGUAAUUUAAAGAAGUUAAACAAAGCAGAUCGACGUGAAAAAGUUGACGACGAAUUGAAAGCGUUACAUGAGAAAUUAGUUGUAAAACAAGCUAAAAAAUCAGCUACCAUGGAACCAACUCCCAUUCCUCAACGUCCUCCGGGUACACAAGAAGUCGAAAUGACAAUGGAGAAAAUGCACGUCUGAUUUUGCUAUUUC